GGGCCGAGCCCGCUGCCGCCGCCAUGGUGCCGAGCCAGCUGCGGCUCUCCGCGGCGGUAAAAGGUCGUGGUGACUAUGAUUCUGAUUUUAGUGAUGAGGAAAAUGGAGAAAAAUCUGCGCAGAAGACUAGAAGUGUACAAGAUGAGCUUCUGACAAAGCCAUUCCAAAAACCAAAACAAAGCCAUGUGGCUCACAGUCAACUCGCAGCUCAAGAAUGGGAUAGGGAAGAAGCAAGAAAAAGAAGAUUUCAUUGGAUAGCAAUGGAUGCUUAUGCAAGACAUAAGAAGUUGGUGAGUGACUACAUUCUGUACUAUGGUGGCAAAAUGGAAGAUUUCCGGCGUUCCAGUGCAAAUGACAAGACGGAUCUUGAUGUUAUAAGAGAAAACCAUAGAUUCCUGUGGAGAGAACAUGAUGAAGUAGACAUGAACUGGGAGAAGAGGCUUGCCAAGAGGUAUUAUGAUAAAUUAUUCAAAGAAUACUGUAUAGCAGAUCUUAGGAGAUACAAAGAGAAUAAGUUUGGAUUUAGGUGGCGACAUGAGGAAGAAGUAGUUUCAGGAAAAGGUCAAUUUUCUUGUGGAAGUAAGCACUGUGAUGAGAAAGAAGGCCUGAAGAGCUGGGAGGUGAAUUUUGGUUACGUCGAGCAUGGUGAAAAGAGGAAUGCUCUUGUGAAAUUGAGACUGUGUCCAGAAUGUUCAAAAAAACUUAACUUUCAUCACCGGAGGAAAGAAGUCAAAUCAAAGAAGAAAGGAGACACAGCUAUAUUGAACGCUGAUAAACCAAAAAUUAAGAAGAGAAAGUUAUCUUCUUCAAAAAAAAGGAAGUCAAAGAAAAAGACCCAUACAGAUCAAGUUUCUUCAGAGGAUUCAGAUAAUUCUGAUAAAGAUUCGGAUAGCAGCGAUGUGCAAGAUGGCCCUUCAGAUGCAGACUUUUGGAAAGGUCCUCUACAAGAGCCAGAGGAAAAAUCACGGGAGGAGGAAUUUGAUGAAUACUUUCAAGACUUGUUUCUCUGAAGCUUGAAAUGGACGUAGGCUGAUUUUCUUUUUAGAGCAUCAAGAUGAGUGCCUGGAAAUCCAACUGUAUUUAGGGACCAGAGCCUUUUUUUUUCCUGCCAGUGUACCAUUUCUAAAGUCAUACCAUCGGACCAUCUGGGUAAAGUGUCUUUUUAGAAGGAUUCAGCCCUAAAACUCUUUUUUUUUUUUUUGUGGUAGCCUGUAUAGUCAUGAAAUAUGAGAAGUUUUCUGAGUGCAAAACAUACAUUUCACCUGAACUUAAAAAGAGGAAGGAUGUAAACAAGAAUGUAGAUUAUUGACAGCACAUCAGAGAAUUCGGGUGCUUUUUUUUUUUUUUAUCCCAAACCUUAGAUUUGCUGAUUUGCUUAAGGGAAGUUUUCAAAAAGUCCAUUUUCACUUUGUAGCCAUAGACUUUAAUAUAUUAAUACUUUUAUUUAUUAAUCAGGAGAUAACAGAUUUAAAUGUAUUAGUCGUGUGGUCUUUAAUAUUCAUAUAUUGGUCUGUGUAAAUAUUUCUGAAUGCUUUUAGGGAAGCUCAGUUUUUAUCAAGUGUGUGUUUUGCUUGAAUUACAUAUAUCUGAAAUGACUUUCCUACUCCUUAGUAAUAUGUAGUUCAUUAUGAAUUUUUUCAUAUGACUAAUAAUUCCCCUCAUUAGUUAAAAUCCAGAUGGUGGUGUGAAUUUUUGUUUUAAUAAAUAAAAUACAUUGCUUCCUACUGGAGAUGUACAUGUGGUUGGUUAUCUAUGGUUUCUGAUCUCCCUAACAUUGAAUGAAUGUUAAUCCUUCCUCAAGGUGUAAUCCUAAA